AUGCCAUCCUGUGUCUGCACCUGCUGCAGCGAGAUGAAGUCCGCGGUACAGGCACACGGCUACCGGUUUGGUGACAUCCCCAACGUGCACCAGUUGCGUGCAGAUGUUUGGAGGACGCUGGCAGUGGCGCGUCCAGCUCAAGUCGUCGCAUGGCUACCAGUGACAGCCGCCAGAGCACCACCACCGCCCGAGCCAGCUUUGCCGUGGGGCUUCCGAAAGAUGUGGCUCAAUGGGCAUUCUACGGAGAAGACGGGGCUCACCAAGCGUCCUGAUGGUGUUGACGACAAGCAGGAGUCUAUUCUUUCCGAUGAAGAAGCAGGAGUGGAUGCGACACGGCCACAAGACGUGGACGGCCAGCAUGAGGAAUGGAUGCUCCCUUCGUGGCCGCCACGACCUGGCAUGGAGCCACGGCCGGAUCCCACUGCUCCGGGUGUGUGGCUAGUGCCGUACUGCAUGCGUGUGGAGCGCUCUGGGGAGAAUUGUACGGUGCACACCAACGGGGCUGGCGAGGACAUCAUCAUGAUGUGCAACGACUGCAUUCAUGCCUUGGAAUGCGGACGCAUCCCUGAGGCUGCUCUCGCACGCUAUGAUGGUGGAGACGUGCCAGAAAUCAAUCAGGACGGGCAGCGUCUGGAGUGGCCUACCGUGCUGGAAGCCAACAUACUGGGGCUGGGCCAUGUGCAGCAGCAGAUCUACAGGCUCAAGGUCAAGAACCGGCCGUCUGACUUGCAGCCCAUCACCGUCACAAUGCACGGGAUAGCCGUGGCGAACCCAUCACUCGAUCAAGUGAAGAGCUGCCAGCAAGACAUCGAUGCAGUGGGUGCCAUCCCGCGAGAGGCUGUCAAAGCGAUGGUGGACAUCCUGGCCUUGCCGAAGAUGCACCCGGAUCGUCGCCGCUUGCUUCAAGACACGUCACCUCUCGUGCACGCCCUCGUCACCUCUCUUCGUGCGGCUGCAGUCGUGGCCGCUGGGCAAUUUUUGGAAUUUGGCGAGGAUGGUGCUCCGUUGCGGGAGGAGCGUGUCAUGGACAAGUGGCGGCGGGUGCAAAACAACCCCUACACCAGCCAAGCACUCCUCAACGCGGUUAAGCUCGCCUUCAUGGACAUCCUUUUUGGUUUCAAACCUGGCGACAAGCGGCAGAGCAACCCCGACUGCUUCUGUGGCACCGUGUUCCACAUCUGCAUCAAGGUGGAGCAGAGUGGACGCCUCGCCCUGCACUUGCACGGCAUGGUGCACCUGGCAGCGAUACCGUGGACAAAAUGCGGGCCCUGUUUGAGGGGCCCAACUGCCGCACUCUGGCGCUGGCACACGCCCUCUGCAGCAUGCGGACGCAUCCCUGAGGCUGCUCUCGCACGCUAUGAUGGUGGAGACGUGCCAGAAAUCAAUCAGGACGGGCAGCGUCUGGAGUGGCCUACCGUGCUGGAAGCCAACAUACUGGGGCUGGGCCAUGUGCAGCAGCAGAUCUACAGGCUCAAGGUCAAGAACCGGCCGUCUGACUUGCAGCCCAUCACCGUCACAAUGCACGGGAUAGCCGUGGCGAACCCAUCACUCGAUCAAGUGAAGAGCUGCCAGCAAGACAUCGAUGCAGUGGGUGCCAUCCCGCGAGAGGCUGUCAAAGCGAUGGUGGACAUCCUGGCCUUGCCGAAGAUGCACCCGGAUCGUCGCCGCUUGCUUCAAGACACGUCACCUCUCGUGCACGCCCUCGUCACCUCUCUUCGUGCGGCUGCAGUCGUGGCCGCUGGGCAAUUUUUGGAAUUUGGCGAGGAUGGUGCUCCGUUGCGGGAGGAGCGUGUCAUGGACAAGUGGCGGCGGGUGCAAAACAACCCCUACACCAGCCAAGCACUCCUCAACGCGGUUAAGCUCGCCUUCAUGGACAUCCUUUUUGGUUUCAAACCUGGCGACAAGCGGCAGAGCAACCCCGACUGCUUCUGUGGCACCGUGUUCCACAUCUGCAUCAAGGUGGAGCAGAGUGGACGCCUCGCCCUGCACUUGCACGGCAUGGUGCACCUGGCAGCGAUACCGUGGACAAAAUGCGGGCCCUGUUUGAGGGGCCCAACUGCCGCACUCUGGCGCUGGCACACGCCCUCUGCAGCAUUUGCACCGACGCCCAUGGAAACAUCAACGGCAGCAACGAAUUCUGGUGAUGACAGCAUGACAGAUGCUACUGCAGAAGAGGAUGACGGCCUGACUCAAGCAGAACCUGGCAGCACCUCGGGCACAGAUGAAGACAUUGGCAAUGGUGACAAUGGAGUCCAGCCAGCCCCCCCCGCAGCGUCCGCUGGCCGCCCCCCAGCCAUCCACGCGCCUCAGCCAGAUGGAUCCAUGCCGGCACCCGCGUAUGACUUUGCCAUUGUCGCCCGUGGCAAGCCGUGUGGGACCGGGGGUGAAGCCACUGAUACCUUUACACCCAAAGUGUGCUUGGAACGCUGCACCCAGCACCUUGUGGCGGGUGUCGUGGGGUCCUGCACCCACAAACACACCGACACCUGCAAACGCUUCGGCUGUGCAGGCGUGGAUGGAGACUGCGGCAUGGCCUACCCACGCCACAUCCGGUGUGAGUUCAAGUGGGUGGGCGACAGCGGCCUGUUCGUUCUGCCCCGAUAUGGCCCCAACAUUGUGCCCCAUUGCCCCGCUGUCACAAUGGUGCUGGGCUGCAACAACGUCUUCACGCUGGCCUGCGAGCUCGACCGUCAGUACAUCGCAACAGUGGAGGAACAGCUUGUACUGCCGGUCCCCAUGUGUGACCCCGAGGUCCUGGAGGACAUCCUUGUGCAAGCAGAGGUUGUGGCCCACCGAACCACGCACUAUGCCACCAAGUAUGUCGCCAAGGCCACGUCGCAGAGCCAAGUCACAUGGCUGAACUGCACGAUCAUGAUCAGCCGCCACUUCCUUGACACUGCAGCUGCUGGUGGUGGAGACCCCGCAGCCGCCCACGAGGACCGAUGCAAGGGCAUCGGAAACCUUAUCUCCGCGGCAAACCGUACGACAGCCAGCCUGACCAUCGGAAUGGCCAUGGCGUCCUUCAAGUUGGCAGGACACGAUCGUGCCGAACGUUUCACGAAACGUUCGAGACCACGUAUGAGAACACAUUCCUGA